AUGACAGAUUCACCAGCCCAGAAGUACGAAAGAAGAGAUGACAAGAAGCCGAGGAGACCUGGCACCAGUUUCUCAAACCCAGCAGAGCUCGUAACGCUUGAGGUCGGCCCGGAAAAGAAGAAAUUUAUCGUCCAUAAGGAAUUUGCGUGUCAUUACUCCCCAGUACCGAAGGCAGCUUUCAACAGCGAGUUUAUCGAAGGCCAGACGCAGACUUAUGUUUUGGAGGAAGCCACUGAACCUGUCGCACGAUUGCUUGUGGACUGGCUCUAUACGCAACAAUUGGACAUAUGCCGAUAUGAAAAAACACAUCCAAAGAAAGCUGAAGAAGGCUUGAGUCUCUGCCGCCUUUGGUUGCUUCUCCCCGGACUCCAGAACCUCAUUGUCCGCACAAUUGAAGAAAUACACCAAGAGACCGAGGAUGCUUCCACAAGCUGUAUAAGAUAUGUCUACGAAAACACCUGCGAAGGAAGCCCGCUCCGAAAAUUCCUUCUGCAUCAGUGUGCUUGCUACGUUUGCCAUACUGUUUUUCGGAGGAAGCAGCACCAAUUUCCCAAGGAAUUCUUCGUGGAUUUGGCUGAGUUGACUCUCGAGUCUACUAAUCGAAAUGCAAUGAUAAAGCGUAUUGGUAUAGAGAGCAGACCAUCGCAAUACGAGGUUGCCGAGCAGCCGAGCAUUGAGAUCGCUGCUUCAGGGUAG